AUGUUGUCCGUCGCUGUGAUAGGAGCGGGAGUGAUCGGCCUCCCAUCGGCUUUGGCCAUCCAAGAAGAAUUGGGUCCGAAAGCUGAAGUCAUCAUUUUCACGGACAAAUUAAGUCCUCAAACAACAGGUGACGUAUCAGCCGGUCUUUGGUCCCCCUACCUCCUCCAAAACACUCCAAUUGACCAACUCACAAAAUGGUCAAAAGCCACACAAGACUAUAUUCUCAAAUUAUGGAAAAACGGCGAUGCCAAAGUAACGGGGAUUUCCCUCCAAUUAAUAAUGGCGUUAUCAACUAACAAGAAUUACAAACCUCCGGAAUGGAUCAAGAUUAGUUUGGGUCAUAGCGAGUUUUCGCAAGAUCAACUCAAAUAUUACAUUGAAAGAUACGGCGAGAAGUUCACCGGUGGUUACGCAUUCGUGGGGUUCAUCUGGGAGCCGACGAAAUUCCUUCCAUAUUUAGAAAAAAAAUUCAAGGACAGAGGCGGCCAAAUUCGGAUGAGAAAAGUCGAUAAUUUUGCCGAAUUAUCACAUUUUGAUGUUGUGGUGAAUUGCUCCGGGCUCAAUUCACGCUCUCUCGUCCCUGACCCUUCAGUUCAUCCCAUCAGAGGUCAAAUCGCCAGAGUUCGCGCCCCGUGGCAAAAACACACUUUUAUGCUUGAUACGGAACCUGGAAAUUACAUAAUCCCAAACGAAGACUGUGUUAUAGUCGGAGGAACUCACCAAGAAAAUGAUUUUAAUAUCGGUAUCUACGACAGUGAUAAAAAUCAUAUUUUGACCGGUUGUAGAAAAUAUCUACCCUCGCUUACAAAAGCUCCCGUGAUUAGAGAUCAAGCCGGUUUGAGGCCGGGUCGUGAUCAAGUUCGAUUAGAGAUUGAAGAUCGAAAAAUUGGGGAGAAGGUAAUGAAAAUUGUACACAAUUAUGGACAUGGAGGAAGUGGAGUUACUUUGUCGAUAGGAUGUGCACUCGAUGCUGCAAGACUUGUCAAAGAAGCUGCAGGCUUUGCUGGACAAAGCAAACUAUAGACUAAACAAAAAUUUUGAAAUAAAGGAUAAAACAAUAAUAGAAACAGGAAUAGUGUGUUAAGUGCAUUUGCAAUAUUUUUUUAUUUUUAAAUACAGAAUUGACAUACAGAAAAUCCGACUUGUAAGAAUAUAAUAAUAAAUCAUUAUUUUUCACGAA